AUGCUCAUCCUACGCGUGCCGGCCCCCAAGGCCAUCCUCCCAACCCUCGCCCGAGUCCCUCCCAAACUACACCCCCCAUGGCGACGCAUACCCCAACUCAGCAGCCCGCACCUGCGCCUCACCCGCCCCCCAAGCCAACUCCGGUCCUUUGCUUCAAAUCAACCGUCAAAAUCCAGCAGUGAAGCCGCCAAGCGACAAGCCAAGUCUGCCGCGCAAAGCGCCAAAUCCCACGACAUCCCCGAACGCAUCCUCAUCUACCACGCCGGCACCGGGAGAAUCGCCUUCCUCGCCGUGCUCAAGCUCACGAGCCUCCUCCUCGGCGCCUUCUUCACGCUCCUCGCAGCACCAAGCUACUUCCGGGCCGGGAAGCCGCCCCCCGCCACAGCAGCAGUCGCCGCCUGCGGCAUCGUCCCCGCCGUCUUCGUGGCCUGGUCCACGGCGCCCUUCGUCACCCACGUGCACAUGCACCUGCCCGCGGCGGCGCGCGCGUCCCCCGCGUCCCUGGCCCGCUUCGUCGGCGCCCUGCCGCCCGGCGCCCGCCUCACCCUCACCACCAUGAGCCUCGUCGCCGCGCCGCGCUGCACCGCCGUCCGGGCCGCCGACCUGCGCGCCGCACCGCCCCGCAGCAGGCGCCUGGGCCUCGUCAACUACGUCAGGGACACGGCGGCCGACAACGCCUCCAGGAGGUGGUACAUGUAUCGGGCCGUGGGGGCCUUCUACGUGCAGGACGGCGGCAGCGGCAAGCAGAGGGUGACUGCCGGGCACCAGGCGAGGAGGAACAAGGCGGCGGCGGUGGAUACAUGGAUUUGGGAGGCGGUCAGGGACAAGAUUGCCAGGAGAGAUGCUCCCGGCCCUGUCUGA